CCGAGCAACGAGACUGCAAAUGUAUUUAUGUAUAGACGCACGCCUACAUAGAUAUAUGAAGCGAUCUCUCAGCUGUUUGUCCGAGCGAAACAGUUGGAGUCUGUUGGAGGGCCGAGGGAACGCGGAUGGGGUCGUCGAGAUCGUACCAGACGAAUUUUCCGUGCAGCGAGCGCAACGUCGUAUUUAUUUUUAGUCUCAAGUGUGCCAUGUCAAGAAAAUUUCUGCUGCGUAACUGCGUGCCGCGGAAUUGCUAAGGACUCGCGAUUUCGCUCGACAAUCAUUCUCUCUCACGUGCGAUCCAUUCGCUGGCUGGCAGAUCCUACCGAGUGUCUAUGCACCGUUGAAAUUGAAGGUCAGCUGAGAUAACUCCACCGAGGAUCCAACCAUGAGGAAGACGCGCGUCAGCAUCUUCCGCGAUAUCUACUAUCAGCCGUACGACGAUUGCACGAGGCUCAAGUUCUACUCUAGCAGCAAAGCUAGCUUACAACUAAUGCAGCGCAUGUCAUUGCUGAAGAGAUUAAAGGUCCACAAUGGUUGCGUCAAUUCUAUUUGUUGGAACAACAAUGGAGAAUUGAUACUGUCUGGGAGUGACGAUCAACAUCUUGUUCUAACUAAUGCACAUAAUUAUGAGGUAUUAACGGACUACAAAACAAGUCACAGAGCAAAUAUUUUUAGUGCCAAAUUUUUGCCUAAUAGUGGAGAUCACCGUAUUGUUUCUUGCAGCGGAGAUGGCAUUAUUUUGUAUACAGACCUGAUGAGAAGAACGGAAACGUUCCAUAAUCAAUUCACCUGUCACACCGGCACUACGUAUGAAAUAGCGACAGUACCCGGUGAGCCGCAUAGUUUCCUAAGUUGCGGAGAGGACGGGACUGUGAGAUGGUUUGAUCUCAGGCUGAAGGAUAAAUGUAACGCUACGAGAUGUAGAGAGGAUGUACUAAUCUCGUGUCAAAGAGCCGUAACCGCUUUGUCCGUGAAUCCUGUAUUGCCUCACCAAAUAGCGAUCGGUUGUUCCGACAGCACUGUAAGAACAUUCGACAGGAGAACUCUCGGUACACCAGUCACCGGUUGGACGGAUGCGGAGAGAUCAGUGAGACCGUUGUGCAGUUUCACUGUCCCAGAGUUUGAAGGCAAUUCUUACAGGAUUACGUCGUUGAGCUAUAGCCCGGAUGGACAAGACGUCCUUGUCAGCUAUAGCAGUGAUCAUCUCUACUUAUUCAGUAUCAAAGAUCAAGGCAGUUUGCAGCUGCGAAAAGACGCGACAAUGGGAAAGGGAAAAGGAAAGAAGCAUCCGUUAAGAUCGCCUCAACCAGUUCGUCGUUUGAGACUUCGCGGCGAUUGGUCCGAUACAGGUCCCGAUGCCCGUCCAGAAAGAGAAGGAGGACGUCGCAGUGGUACAGAAAUCGCUCAGGCAAGACCGAUGUUGCACACGUCCUUGAUGCAGAGGAUGACAGAUGUACUCAGCAGAAUGUUAAAUGACCCAGCCACACGCGCUGCUUUGAGUGGCGGAGGUGAGGAUAGUCUGGAAGGUGUUAUCGAGCAACCGGAAGGUAUUCAAACCGCUGAGAGUAAUCCUGAACCGAAUGUAGAGAGAAGUAACGACACGGUUGAAUUGAGUGCAGAGCACAGCAAUAUUUCGGGAACAAGUGGAGAUGCAAAUGUACGCGCUGACGGAGCCGAAAGUACAGACAUGGUUGAAGCAAUCAACAUUGAGAGAUCCCAAACUAGUGGGAUCGAACAAUCCCAAGAAUAUGACCAGUUACCGUCGUCGAAUAUAUCCGCGAGUUUCAACAAUGAUAUUCCUAUGGAAACUGAAUCUAGUCAAAGCGAUCAAGCGCAAAUCACUCCUGUAAAAUCUACAAGUAGUCAUGACAGAACUGAGCAUGAUAAUGUAUGGAAUCGAAAUGAGAGUGAAACGUCAUGUGCAAAUAUAACUAGCAAACAGGAGAAUAUGAUGGAAAAUCUUCAGGAUAGAUUAACAACGAUGCGGGAUGGUUUUCUUGAAAGACAUGGUAGUGAACCUGCUGUGAGUUUAACGUAUUCUGACAAAAGCUCAACUAGUGCCACGAUAUCACUUGGUGUCGGUGAUGAAAUGACUCGCGACAGUUACCAUCCAGCAAUUUGUUUGUCAGGACCGUCUGGAAGUAGCGACGGAACUCUUGACGCAGGUCCGAGCAAUAAUCGCAACCAUCAUCGUUACAACGAUGAAAAAGCCAAGGGGGCUGUGUACAUUGAUAGCGAUGACGAAGAUACUCAAUCAGAUGAAAGGCUACUAAAUCCAGUCGAGGAGAUGGACGAAGCAAUUACCAAUACUCGUUCGUCGCAAGGACACGAGACGUUUGAUGAUGCGUAUCUGACGGAACUCUGUGUAAAACGAAAAUAUAUGGGACAUAGAAAUGCCAGUUUCUUUAGGACCAUGAUCAAGGAAGCGAAUUUCUGGGGCAAUGAUUUCGUCAUGUCGGGUAGCGAUUGCGGUCACGUGUUCGUGUGGGAAAGAGACACUGCAAGAUUGUGUAUGUUGCUGGAAGCGGAUCAACAUGUGGUCAAUUGCUUGCAACCGCAUCCGUAUCUUCCAAUGCUGGCUACUUCCGGCAUUGAUUAUGACGUGAAGCUGUGGGCGCCGAUCAACGACGAACCAAGCUUCGACGAAAAGUUUGCCGAAGACCUGAAAAAAAGAAAUGCAGUUAUGUUGGAAGAGACCAAAGACACAAUUACUGUACCUGCGGUUUUUAUGAUCAGAAUGCUGGCAUGCCUCAAUCAAAUACGCAGAGGUCGAGGUCGCAACAGGAGACGGAGCAGCGACGAGGGCGGCGAAUUACGAGGUGGCUGAGUCGCCUUGGACGAUACCGCAAGUAGUAACGAUAAUAAAACGGAAACUCGCGUAUUAAUUACGGAAUUGUAAUGAUGAUAAUGCUUAAUUUACCGAUCGAAUCAAGAAACAUAGAAGGUCCUGAUCGACGUAAACAGAUCUCGUGAUAUAUACGUAAAGUCCAAUUGGAAUGAUGUUUCGGUACAUAGAUGUAUCUCAUGUAUCUACAAGAUAUCCGAUGGCAUUGUCAGUGUCAUACAUAACUGUACAUGUAAUAAUGUACCAAACUGGGGAUGGACUUGACUGGGAUGAUUCCUCGAAUACCCAAGUUUAUACGUAUAACUGUCUCUUUUUUUCUUUUUUGCCGCCUUAUGUUACAGUCGAUAUUUAAAGUGGAUCCAUAUUCUGUAGUGUAUUGGACAGAAAAGGAAUUUUGAUCUCUGUAUAUAUUGUACUUUACGUUUUACCAAGUAUGUUAGCAUCUAUGAAUAUUUAUAUUCCAGCUGUGUAUGUCAUUAUGAUACGGCUUCGUAUAUCUUGCAAAGAGAUUGUUGUCGGUGAAAUAAGUGCAAUAAUGUGUGAAAUAAGUGCAAAAUUAGCAUGCUAGUCCAAGACUUGCAAUAAAAGACAUUUCGUCUCCGUUUGUACAUAUCUCCUCGUAUUAUUAGGAACGAAAUAGGAACGGUGAUUUACUAUCUUUGACGGCAAAGAAAUCAACUUGUGCAAUCGGAGAUUGUCAAGGUUUCAAACUCUUACGUCUCGUCUUACGUAUACGCAUGCGUAUAAACAGAGACUGUCUAUUUAUUUUAAUUAUUACAAUCCCUUACUUAUAGAAUAUUUUCUAUAUUAGAGUCAAGAUUAAAGAAUAGUAUUUCGUAGAAUUUUGUAGAGUUAUAUUUCAUGCUCGAGAGGACGAGUACAUAAUACUGGGUUAUAGCUGAAUGAUCAAGAGAGAGUUUUAUUUUCUUCUGUUGUUACUGCAGGCACAAAUAUCUUGUAAAUUGCACGAUCAACUUUUCACAUUCGUUCUGUAUGUUUAUGGUUUACAUUUAUCAUCGAGAUUCGAGGAAUAAUACGACGAACGAAGUGUCAGUAAUACAAUUUGAUCCCGUAGAAAAGGAUAAUGUGAUUCUAACGUUAUUAGGACAUGAAAAUUUUUGGCGUAAGGCAAACCGUAAUACGUGCCUUACAGAUUUUCAGUUAGAGCAAUAAAGUACCGAUAAUAGUAAUUGUGUCUGCUUGAGAGAUAGGCAGAUUUAUGAAAAAUGCCGAGAAUGUUAAAAAUCGAUAAUUACGUCGAUAAUCGUGUUACGACGCCGCAUCUCGCAUAGCGUGACCGCUUGUGAAAUUUUAGUACAAUAGUCACAUUGGUAAAAUAUGGUUAACGACCGUUAAAUGAACAACGUACACGUAAGCAUGAACGACAUGUCUUUACAAUUAUGUAAUAUCAAGAGAAACCUGUUUAUAAUAAAAAUAUCAACGCCCAUUA